AUGAAAAAAAUUCCUGGCUGUAAAUUGUUUCUUGGUGAUCGGCCAAUACAGAUAACAAUAGCCAGAGCUUUUCAGUCCUUAAGUAUGUAUGAAAUCGGUCAAGUUCUUUACCACCUCUCGAAAACAAAUACGAAGCCAUUAGAUAAAUAUGAAUUAGAAAAAUACAAAGAUAAACAAUUUGUACAGUCACAAUUUGACGAGAUCACAAAGGAAGUUCCAGCGUUUAAAAAGAUUUUUCAUGUAUUCGUCGAUGAACGUGAUCGAUGUCUGGCAUUUUCAUUACAGGAAUGCGUUCGUUCUGUUCAAAAUCCCCGGGUGCUGGCAGUAGUAGGAAUGGGGCAUGUAAAUGGUAUUGCAAAAUACUACGGCAAGAUGAAGCAAGAAGACAUUAUGCCAUUGUUAUUAGUUCGUCCGCCGCCAUUGUAUUCAAUUAUAAUAAGAAAAGGAUUAAAAUUUACUUUUUAUUUUUUAUUGUUUUCUUUUUUCUAUAGAUUGUUUUUUGGAUAG